UCCAGUCAAGUCAUCAAGCGCUAAUGUCUAGUCUAGUCCAAAUACAAUGAUAAUAAUUGGUUUGCCCUUUAAGUGAAGAUCAUUUUGUGUAACUUUAACAGUACUUCAAUGUAUCAAGCCAACCUAAAGUUUUUUCAGCUCUUAAACCAGUCAAUGUGUACCUGUGCUGUGAUUCAGAGACUUCACUAAAUCUACAGAAUGAUUUUGUAUACCUCCAACCCGUUUAAAUCAGCACUUGUAUGUUGUACUGAGUUUUAUGAAAUAUUUACUCAUUUUGCAUCAAUUGUGAAACUGAGAACUGCCUAUUGAUCACACCUUUAAGUCAGUUACUUAGUGUUAUAGUUGUGGAGAGGGAAGUUGAACCAAUGAGUGAAACGUAAGCGGAAGGAGUUUUCGUGUAUCUUUAUUGGAUGUCAUCAAAACCAUUUCAGAGAGAAGGACACUUUUCAGACCAUGGCAGCAAAUGCAGCACAUGUCACUGCUACAUCAUUUAUAAAACCAUCCAUCUUUGAAAUAAUUGCACAAGAAACUCUGGCAAGAACUCUUCACCCUGGCUUAAAACAAUUUGCUCUGUAUCUUUCAUCAAGGCACCCAGAUCUCCUUGGCUGGGUGUAUGAAAAGUUUGAUGAAAACUUCUUAGUUUUUGAACUUUUACUUCAGUUACAUUACUUGAAGAAGUAUAAUGCCACAUUUUCUGAAUCAUUCUACAAUUUGGAAAGAGUCUCAGCUUAUCAGUCGAAUGAUAGAAACCUUAGUUGGAAGCAAAUUUUAGCAUCUCUAUUUUUUGAGGUUUUUUUGCAGUAUGCAAGGCGAAAAAUGGACACGUAUUAUGUACACAGCCAGCUUGAAUCCUCAUCAAACAGCAGUGAAGCAGGAACAAAGAUAACUGUAGAACUGCUUCGGUCUAUCCAGCUGUGCGCCGAAAGCAUCUCCUUAUUAUCGUACUUGACAUACAUCUCUGGCCUUUCUCAAAAUCACUCAGUGUUGUUGCGACUCGCAAAUGUUACUUUAAUUAGUAAGCCAGAAGAAGCAGCUUCCAACUUUGACUGGACAAACUGCUGGCGUGCAUUCCGAAGUCGUGAGCUCAGUCCGUUGAAAUUCUGCCAAAAAACUGUCGCGGAAGUAUUCAGUCAUUCCAUAGAAGUCGGUGCCUUUUUUGUACAGUUCCUUCAGUGGUGGUUCAGUGAGCACCCUCAUAAAACAUUGUCUUCAAAUCCAGUCCCACCAUAUCCUGCACUUAGUGAAGAAGCGCAAACUUUUGCAGGCAAAUGUCCUAUAUGUCUCGGUCCACGUAAAACAGACACUGUGUUGCCUGUCUCUGGUUAUGUGUUCUGUUAUUUAUGCAUUGCUCGGGUACUCAAGGAGUCUGGGCGCUGUCCUAUCUCUAACUUACCUGCGUCAGCAAGUGAUCUUGUUCGAUUGUAUCCGUGAUUCAAGCAUCAUAGACACCAGCAAACUUCCAGAUAUGUUUCAGACCUGUUCAAAAUAUGUCAUUUCACAAUGUUUUUUGAAGAUUCUCAGCCUGCAGUCGCCACUUUAGAUUGAUUGUCAAGACAAAUUUUAGGUAGGUACUGCGGUAAUAAAAUCUAACUCAGAUGAAUCUGUGACAGCAGUUGCAGCUUAGUUUCACUAAUUUUUAUCCAUUUGCGUGCAUUUGAAGACUGCCCAUCCAGAAUGAAUUGUCGUAGUGGAUUUAAGUGGAGGAAAAACAGUGUCAUCAAUUUCCAACAAUCGUCACUGUUGAGAAGUCAUUUUCCCAAAAAAAUUUCAGUCCAGAUAAGUUUUCCUCACAUUUAAAACUUUCAGUUUGUGGCUCAAUGUUUCAAAAAUUAUGAUGUUUCUACAAAAGUAGUCAACGAUCACUUUCUUGUAGAAAUUGCAGAAGAAUAAGCAUCAAAUGCUGUCCUAUCUUUGUUUUUCUAAUCCGGAGUAAUGUGUAUAAGGCUAUCCACGGUCUGCUCCUUGAGGAUACAAUAAAAACAAAAGAAGGGCUGCUUUCAUAGCUAUAUCUGUGAUUAUUGUAGAUUAUUGUUAUAUUACAAUACCUCAGAAGAAAAUCAGCCUCUUUUAUGACCAAGUUGACUAUCCUUUUUAUGCAAGUCUUCUCUAUAAUUAUUGCAUUGACAAAAAGUAACUAAAGUAUGUCUUUUCAUUUGUCAAACUGAUAGUUAGAUCGGAUUGAGGUAGAUCACUGCCUGAAUCAUUGUUAUCAUUAUACUUAGUUUGGUCAUUACUUUUCGGGAGUUUUUCACUUGAGCUCCUAGAGUUCUCUUAAGAAUUAAAAAUUGAUAAAAACCGAAACCCACUAUUGAAGAUUAAUACAUUGAUUGCAUUUUGUAAAAAGGAACCAAGAAUAUUUCAAUGUCACUAAGAUGGUGCAACUUUUUUUACCUUGCAAAUAUGAACUGAUCAUCUAAACAAGUUUUAUCUUUACUCCCAACAAACUAUGAAUUCAGGAUGAAAAUUACCUUUGUAAAUUUAAUUUUUUGUAUGACUUUAUCAAGUAUAUUGCAAAGAAUGUAAGUUGCAUAAUCCUAGCAACAUUUGGAUGCUCUUGGUUCCGUUUUGCAAAAUGCAAUCCAAAUAUUCAUCAUCAAUGCACCAUAGAAUAACAAUUGAAUAUCUGGCAAGUACUGCACCAACUAGUAGUAUCAACUUUAUUUAAAAUUAAAUGAUUACUUUACUCUGCACUUUUUUCUUUAAUCUCAUAUCUGGUAAAACCUUAUUGCCCUCUGUUACUCAAUCUUUUAGUUUGAUCUGUUCUUUUACCUUUCAAUUUGUUUUUCGUUAAAUCGAUGCAAAAUCUUACGCUUUAGUCUGUACUCUCCCUGAAUGGUUGUCAUGUCUUCAUUUUCCAUUAAUGAAAAUUUACUUGUCAACUCCCAUAUCAAAAAAUAAGAUACUAAAAUCAUUUAGUACCAAUUUGUAGUCUUAAAAUUGCAUUACCUGUCAUGUUUUAAUAAUUAAAGAAUUUCUUAGAGGAAUUUUCCUUUGCUAGCUUCUUGGUGAUGUUUGGAAAUAAAUGUCAACUGGAAUUUACACAUUUAA